ACUCCACCACUCAAACCAACCUGCAACUCUCAACGCAGCGACUUUCCACUAGUUUUUGACGCUGCAACUGAUGGACACCGCCGCCCCCGGCUCCCCGCGUGAGGGGCACAGGACGGUGUGCUCCGAGCCGCCCAAGAGGCCGGCAGGGCGGACCAAGUUUAAGGAGACGCGCCACCCGCUGUACCGCGGCGUGCGGCGGCGGGGCCGGCUCGGGCAGUGGGUGUGCGAGGUGCGCGUGCGCGGCGCGCAAGGGUACAGGCUCUGGCUCGGCACCUUCACCACCGCCGAGAUGGCGGCGCGCGCUCACGACUCCGCCGUGCUCGCGCUCCUCGACCGCGCCGCCUGCCUCAACUUCGCCGACUCCGCCUGGCGGAUGCUGCCCGUCCUCGCGGCUGGCUCGUCCCGCUUCAGCAGCGCGCGGGAGAUCAAGGACGCGGUCGCCAUCGCCAUCGUGGAGUUCCAGCGGCAGCGCCCCGUCGUGUCCACGUCGGAGACGCACGACGGCGAGAAGGACGUCCAAGGCUCGCCGACGCUGAGCGAGCUGUCCACGUCCAGCGACUUGUUGGACGAGCACUGGUUUGGCGGCAUGGACGCCGGCUCGUACUACGCGAGCUUGGCGCAGGGGAUGCUCAUGGAGCCGCCGUCCGCCAGAACGUGGAGCGAGGAUGGCGGCGAAUACAGCGGCGUCUACACGCCGCUUUGGAACUAAUUAUCCGACUAAUUAAGGCAUGUACAGUUUUAGAAACUAUUCUCAUUAUAUAAGAGCGUCUUUUACACUAAUGUAAUGUCAAAAACGCUUUUAUAUUAUGAGAAAAAGGAGUAGACUACUAGUGGUUGUGUUCUUCCAAAUAUGGGAAGAUACAGAGU